UGACAUCAAUUGCCAGACUCUUUCCACCACGCUGCUGCUCCAGGUGAUCUAAAUUCGUGUCCUAUUAUUCUGUUUCAUGUUCUCGAGUCUCUUUUCCCCAACUUUCCCAACCUGUACAGAUCAUGGAAGAAAGACGUCAUUGGUUGAAGAAUAAUGUGUCCCACACGAUCAAAUUUAAUUGAGCUCUGCCCCCCAGGCCAUAUGUCACUGUUAAUCAUGCUCUUCUGCAUCUCUUGGAUCCAAAUCUUUGCCAUGUGGGCAGCAGUGAUUGCUGUGGUUCCCAUACGAAACAGCCUAACUAGUACAAAACCUCCAAGAAACCUCAUGUAUUUUUUGAGAGGACCUAAAAAAGAAGCGAGUUUUUUUGGCUUUUUGACUACGAUAGAUAGCAUUUGUUUGCAGGCCAAGGCGGGACACUACACGCGCUUUCCGACAAACCGCCACUUUCUGUUGCCGAUGGCGUUAAAAGGAGGUCCUCCUGCUUCUCUCGCUUUGGCAUCUUUCCCUUCUUCCUUGUAUUUCUCUUCUUGUUUCCCUUUUAAUCUAAGACUACCCGUUUCGGAGCCGGAAUCUGGGUUCCAGAACGAGUCUAUCUCGUAUAAGAAUAUUAGAGAGAACAAGAACAAAGCCUAGUUUCGAUCUUAUGAUCGCUGAAACAGAAUUGAACAAUCGAUGGCCAAGGUGAUGUGUGGUGGAAUAUGUGGAGACAGACAACCCUACAUUUUACAAGACCAAAGCUUUUGGAGAUCAUGCAUUCUACAGAUAUCAUCAUCUCUAAUAUUGUCUUCGAGAUUUCACCCUUCUGGAAUAUUCACCCUGUUUAUUGCAGCAAUGUGGUAGUGAGAAAUGUGACUAUCUUGGCUCCACAUGAUUCUCCUAAUACUGAUGGAGUUGAUCCAGUUUCAAGCUCUAAUGUGUGUAUCGAGGACUGCUACAUUUCAACAGGGGAUGAUUUAGUGGCUAUGAAGAGUGGUUGGGAUGAGUAUGCCAUUGCUUAUGCUCAUCCUAGCUCUGGGAUAACCAUUCAGUGAUUAACAAGGACCGCCAUUGGGAUCCAUAUAAAGACCAAUGCUGGCAGGGGAGGGUUCAUCAGAAACAUAACGGUGUCAGACAUGAAUCUAAGCAACAUUCACAAGGGGUUGAGGAUCGCAGGAAAUGUGGGAGGUCAUCCGGAUGACAAAUAUGGCCUUAAUGCUCUUCUUGUUGUUGAUGGAUUAACGAUCAAAGAAUGUGCGAGGUGUGGGUAUCCAGCAGCCUAAAACGAUACAGGGGAUCAAGAAAUCUCCCUUCACUCGAAUUUGCCUCAUGAAUGUGAAGCUCUAUGUCAAUGGGUUCAUCAGAAACAUAACGGUGUCAGACGUGAAUCUAAGCAACGUUCACAAGGGGUUGAGGAUCGCAGGAAAUGUGGGAGGUCACCCAGAUGACAAAUAUGGCCUUAAUGCUCUUCUUGUUGUUGAUGGAUUAACAAUCAAGAAUGUUAGAGGUGUGGGUAUGCAGCAGCCUGAAACAAUACAGGGGAUCAAGAAAUCACCCUUCACUCAAAUUUGCCUCACGAAUGUGAAGCUCUAUGUCAAUGGGCCAUGCAAAGUGCCAUGGAUGUGCCCUGAUGUGAGUGGUGGUGCCCUUAAGGUGCAGCCAUCACCUUGCACAGAGUUGACCAGCGCAAAUGACACGAGCUUUUCUACUAAUGCUUUCUGGUGUCCAUUUCUGUGGUAAAUACCCUUAAUCUGCAACAAGGGGGUGUUUUUACAUUUUUGUGAAUGUGAAUAAGAGAUUUGAGAUCUGAUGAUACUUGUAUAUCCAGUUGUUUUGAAGCAUACAAGGAUUGGAACACUAAAAGCCAAAGAAACUUCUAAUGUGUCAAGUGAAUGAUUUGAGUGAUUUAUCAAAAAUUUCAAGCACAGCAACUAUUUUCUCCAAUAUGACAGGCAUUGCAAACUCUUUCUUCUCUGCAGCAGUCGUUGAUGAACAAUGUGUUUGAACACGAUCAUCCGUAUUGGUGAGCGAUUGCCAUCAUCAGGGACAUGAUCAUCUUCUAUCUGCAGGUUUCAGCGUUCUCCCAUCUCCCAUGAGUUGUCUCAAGAUCAUCUUGUUUCCACUUCACCAGAAGUCGUUGCAAGAGCACUUUCCAUCCCUGAAAUGGUGAAACCGAGCCCCAGCCCUGAGAAGAAUCUCCCGACCAGUCAUCUGCGACAUGUACUUUGCCACCGUAUGACAGUCACUGCACACUCUUGUAUUCUUUAUCACCCUAAUUGCUGUGCCCUCACCAGUGCAGAUCAGCCCAUAUGCCAUUGCCAGCUUCUCCGUGUGGCUCAGCAGCAACUUCUCCUUCUCUUCCUCUCCAAUGUGGUGGGCGAUGCAACUGGUAUCAGGCACAUAUCCUCGUCUCCUCAUCUCCGACACCAGUCGAUACAGCUCGAAGUAUAUCUCCCCGGUAUCAGGGUGAGGUGGUCCUCCUUCCACGCCGAAGACAUGCACGGUCUGGUUGAUCUGUAUCCAGCUCCAUCCACCCCUGCUCUCCACUCCUGCUGCAUUCUUCGCAUCCCUCACGUCCUCAGCAUCUUCCCAGCGGUUCUCGCAGGCGUAUAUGCUCAUCAUCAACACAUAGUUUGCCGGAUUUGAUGGCUCCAACUGGAAGAGUUGCUUGGCAGCCAUUUCUGCGAGCUCCACGUUUCUGUGAGUUCUGCAUGCUGCGAGCAGGGAGCCCCAGAUGCCAGCAUCUGCCUCCAAUGGCAUGCUCUGGAUGAAGUCCCAUGCCUCGUCGAGGUAUCCGCAUCGAGCAAGGAGAUCGACCAUGCAAGUGUAGUGCUCCAGAGUUGGGGUGACACCGAAACCUUUCAUGGCAUCAAAAAGCUUCCAUCCUUGGGUCACCAAACCUGAAUGCCUGCACCCUGAGAGAACUGCAGUGAAGGUGAUACCAUCUGGCUUGAUUCCUUCUCCACACAUCCGAUCGAAGAGUGAAAUCGCUUCUUCGCCUCGACCGUGAGCUGCGAAUCCCAUGAUCAUGGCGUUCCAUGAGGCCUGGUUUCUGUGCCUGAGCUUCUCAAAGACCCUGUUGGCCUCGGCUAAACUGCCGGACUUGGCAUACAUGUCGAUGAGCGCCGUGGCCACGAAGAUAUCGUCGUCGAGGUCUCUCCUCGCAGCGAAGCAGUGCAGUUCUCUGCCCUUCCCUAGCAGGGCCAUCGCUGCACAAGCUCGGAGCAGGCAAGCGACAGAGACCGAGUUGGGCUGAACUCCCUCGCUCAGCAUCUCCCUGAAGAAGUAGAUGGCGUCUUCGUAUCGUUCAUUGCGGCAGCAACCGGAGAUGACUGCAGUCCAUGAGACCACAUUUGGAACCACACCGUUUGCUUUCAGCUGACGAAUUAGUACUACCGCCUGCUUGCUUCGCCCAUGAAUGGAGUAUCCCGAGAUCAAGCCAUUCCAUGUUGUCAAAUCGGGCUGCUCUCCUUCCUCCUCCAUCUGCUCCAUCAGUUGCAGAGCUUCCUCGAACAACCCUUCAUGUGCGUACCCUGAAAUCAUCGAGUUCCAUUUCCUACGAACACCUUCCGAUCGAGCCCGUGCCUGAUAGCGUAUCCAUGGAUUGUCUUGCCCAACUCAACCAAACCAGAAUGGGUAACGGGACGAAGAACACUUGUGAUGGAGCUGGAAUUCGGCUGGAAUCCAUCUUCCUGCAUCUUUCGGAGAAGCUCGAAAGUCCGGUGAGGCGAUCCGUGGUGAGAGUGACCGGAGAUCAAGCAAUUCCAAGUAACCAAGUCGGGCUCCGCUCCGAAAGCCACCAUGUCGCGGAACAGAUCCAAGGCGUCCUCGAGAAACCCAUUGAGAGAACAGCAGGAGAUGAUGGAAUUCCACGACACGAGCGUCCUUCCUCCCAUGUACUCGAACACUCUCCUCGCUAGCUUCACCAGCGAGUUCUUGGAGUACAUGGAGAUCAAGGAGUUGCUCACCAGUGCGCACAGGAAACUCCCUGAUCUGAUGACAUGUCCAUGUAUCACCUUGCCUUGCUUGACAGCCUCGAGUCUCCCGCAGGCAUGCAGAGCUUUGGCCACUGUGACUUCAUCAGCUUCCAGGCCAACGAGCUGCAUCAUUCGGAACAAUUCGAGUGCUUCGAUCCAUUUCCCUCUCUCCACAUUGAGCACAAUGAAGUUGUUCCACAAAAUCGAAUCCUCGGUAAACGACGACUCUUCAAACAAUCUAUCGGCGGAUUCUGAGCUGCAACAACGGGCGUAGAAAUCCAGCAGAGAGCACCUGAUCUCCCGGAAAAUCUCGAGCAACUCGCGGGUACUUCUUUCUCCGGCGCCGUCGAAAGAAUCGAUCAGAUAGCUCCACGAAAGAGUGUCAGAUUGCAAGGCAAUAAAGAAAACUGCGGCAGCCGAUCGGAAAUCUCCGAACUUCGAGUAGACUUGAAUGAGGAAGUCCAUAGCGGACUUCGAGCUCCGCGGCUCUGCGGCCUUUAGAAUCCGGGCAUGGACUUGCUUGACUGAGCUCAGAGAUAUGGAGUAGAUGGGAUCGUCUAAAGCGAGUGAGGGGGAAGGGAACGUGAGGACAGCAGGGGAAGUCUCGACGGCGGCGGGUGAGGGUUGAAGUAGGGCUUGUGGGACGGGAGAGCUCGUUCUUCUCCAUCUCUUUCUCAGGCCGGCGGAACGCUUGCAAGGGGAAGAGGGUCUAAAGCUGCGAUAGGAGAGGGUUUGCUCCAUGAGAGGACACUGAAGUGGACAGUAACGGGUUCAGGAAGAGCAGGGAAGAGAAGGGAGGAGGAGACUGAGCGCAGUGGUAGAGGAAGACCCGAGCUUUUCACCAUGGCAAGCCAUGACUGUGCAGAACAAAUGGAUAAGGUCUGGGAGUUUGGAGCAGCCAGGUACUGGUAGAUGAUCCCUCCAGAUUGUUCAAUAGAUUUGGUGCCGUGGUCAACAACGAGGACGUGGAAAAGGGUCUGCUUCCCAAUUUGUUUCAGCUACAUGAAUCGCUUACAUCAUCAUUAAUCAAAGUAAUAUUAGUCAACUUAUUUA